CUCGAUCAUUCUUAGGUUUACUACUCAAUACACCUCUUACCAACUGAGAUCUUAGAAAAAACGGCAUUCCACCCUCUCUCCUUUUCAUCUUCGCCAGCUAAACUCGGUAGGAGACUAUCCAGGAUGCUCAGCCUUGGCCUGAUGAUGGUGGUCGCACUUACGAUGGGCGUGAUGGAGAUGGCUGUGCCUAUCGUGAUAUCGUUCGCUCGUCAGAGGCAUUGCAAAAAAAAAAAAAGGGAGAUGGGCUGUCAAUACUGUCGAGGCAUGGGUUAUUGGACCUUAACUCUUGGGUCCGAGCUGUCGCCUCUGCCAUUUCCCGCGAGCGUAGAGUUGCCAACUGCAAAUUUACAAAUCGCCUUCGGAACGUGCCAUGAUAACACCUUAAGCUGUGCAACUAGGUUAGGGCGGUGUAAAGACGGCACACUCAGGUUAAAGGUUUACAGCGAGAUGAGAAUAUGAGAAAGGACGGGGAGAUCAGUAGGUUACUUAACGAAGGAUAGGUUCGAUUCCUAACAGCGCUACUUGGUAGUCUUCGCUAUUU